GGAGUCCCUAGAGUUUGUAGUACCAAUUUAAUUCUCCCUAUAUAUACAUGUUAUAAGCAAGCUAUUGCUUCACAUAAUCACAUUUCUAGAGAGAAGAAGAAGAAGAAAAAUAGAAAAAUAUUCGAAAAUUAUACGAAUAUGAAAUCUUCUUCUUCGUCCCCGUCUUUUCCGAGAAAUUUUUGUGAAAAAUCAAAGCCAUUUUUGGCUGUGAUUUUAUUACAAUUUGGAUAUGCAGGAAUGUCAAUUAUGACUAAAUCAGCUCUUAAUCAAGGGAUGAGUACACAUGUUUUAGCUGUCUAUAGACAUGUUGUAGCCACCAUUGUUAUCACUCCUUUUGCCCUUUUUUUUGAUAGGAAAGUGAGGCCAAAGAUGACUAUGUCCACCUUUCUUAAGAUAGCAGCAUUAGGCUUAUUGGAACCAACAAUUGAUCAAAACUUGUAUUAUACUGGCAUGAAGUAUACAACAGCAACUUUUGCUUCUGCAUUAUGCAAUGUUCUUCCUGCUUUUGCAUUUUUGAUGGCUUGGAUCUUAAGGCUAGAGAAGGUGAAUGUAAAGAAAGUGCAUAGCCAAGCAAAAAUAUUAGGGACUUUAGUGACAGUUGGAGGAGCAAUGGUGAUGACUUUAGUAAAAGGAGGAGCUAUAGAUUUACCAUGGACAAAUAAUGCAUUACACCCUCAAGUUUCUUCUUCUGCAUUAAGCACCACAGAUGACAAAACUAUUAAGGGUGCUAUUUUUAUUAUCAUUGGCUGCUCAUGUUGGUCUGCUUUUUUCAUCCUUCAGGCGAUUACGCUAAAAACGUAUCCAGCUGAGCUCUCUCUAACAGCUUUGAUUUGCUUAAUGGGAGCUAUUGAAGGCAGUGUAGUAGCUCUUAUAAUGGAAAGAGGAAAUCCUUCAGCCUGGGCAAUACACUUUGAUUCUAAAUUAUUAGCUUGUGUUUAUAGUGGAAUAAUAUGUUCAGGAGUUGCUUAUUAUGUUCAAGGAUUGAUCAUGAAAAUUAAAGGACCUGUUUUUGUAACCUCUUUCAGUCCUUUAAGCAUGAUAAUUGUUACAAUUUUAGGCUCCUUUGUUUUAUCAGAGAUUUUGUACACUGGAAGGGCUAUUGGAGCAUUGGUGAUUGUUAUAGGGUUAUAUAUGGUGUUAUGGGGUAAGAACAAGGAUCAAUCUUCAUCAAGCUUAAACAAUGAUGAAAAGGCAGCAGAAGAAACUACAAUAGAAAUGGAUACCAUAAAUGAAAGAAUUGAAAUUUCAAAUCAAGAAUUUGUUGCAAUUGAUCUUCACAAAGUUAGACCUACUAAUGAAUCAAUUUGAAGGACUUCUUUUUAACUAAUUAGCUUCCCUAGAGUACUUAGUUUUUUUUCUUUAUAUUUAAUUUUGGUUUUGGGAAAAAUCAUAGAGUUUUAGCCUUUGAUGCUAAAAUUAAUGUACUAUAUUUGGAUACUUUUUUUUAUUAUUAUAAACUUGUGUGAGUUCAUAUGUGAAAAGAAAUUAAUAAAUUGGAAUUCACAUCAA